CCAUUCAACUUUCACAUAACCCCUGUUUUCGUCUUUACAACACACAACACACACUCUCUCUCUCUCUCUCUCCUAAUUUGUGUAGGUAGUUCUCUCACAGAUUGGUUUCCUCUCUCUCUCUCUCUGUGUCCAGUUAGUUGUUUGUGAGUGAAAAUGUCAGACGAAUCAACAGCAACCUGCAUCGAUAUCCUCUUGGCCAUCAUCUUGCCUCCCCUUGGGGUCUUCCUCAAAUAUGGCUGCCAGGUAGAGUUCUGGAUUUGUGUGUUGCUGACCUUGUUUGGAUGGUUACCUGGAAUCAUCUAUGCUGUUUAUGCCAUCACCAAGUGAUUUAUCUAUCAUCCCCUCCCAUAUCCUCAUCUACUCUGUUUAGGUAAAUCCACUAACCACCUCUCUCUCUCUCUCUCUCUCUAUUGAAGCUUGUGUUGUGACACAUCAAAUCCAUGCCUAUGAUUAAUUUUAUUUAGAUCAAUAGUAUUUUAGUACAUUAGUCUAUUUGAGUGAUAACUAUUUUAUUUAUUUAAAUUGUAUCUUUUUAAACUUUAUUCAUAUUUUAUAUUUUUUUUUAUAAAAAAUAAAAAAAUAUACUUAUUUAAAUCCUCCUAAAUGCUCCAUAAAUUUUAUAUUUAUGGAAGUAAAGAGUGAAUUGUAAUUUUUUUUCCCUUUCUACUCUAUGAAAAUUAAAUAUGUUUUAGUCAGCACCAUAUAUGCCAGUUGGGAAAAUUUAUUGGGAGAAUUACGCAUCUGAAAAAUAAUAUUUAUAAUUUUUUUUUCCACUAAUCCCCUUAAUGGUAAUUUUUCCAAUUUUUUUUUUAGUAAAUCCGGAUUAUAUAGGGUGUGGCUCUUCGCAUUGGAUUGAGUCAUGAAACUAUUUUAUUUUUAUAUUUUAGACUAAAUAAUUAUGUAUUUUAUUACUAUAAAGUGGACAUAUAAUUGCAUGAUAUAUUAAACUUAUCCUAUACUAACUUUUUGUUAGUGGGCGACAAUUAUAAAUCAAAAUUCUUCUCUUGGUAAUUUUGUUGGGUGGUACUCUUUGACUUUAUCUAUUUAUUAUUAUUAUUUUUUGACAUAUAUUUAUUUAUUUAUAAGGAUACAUAUAUGAACAUUAAUUUGUAAAAAGUAAUCUUCCUUCUUAAAAUAAUAAACUACUUGGAUAGAUCUUUUAUUUUAAAAUAAACCUGAUUUAUCAUUUUGCAUAAAUUCUAUUUCUAAUUGUUUUGUGUUUAUCCUAAUUGUAAAAAUAAAGUUGUAAAAUCAGCAUUAAAUUAUUGGCAGAAAAUUUUAAUUGUUUGUCCAUUUAUAUUUUUGUCAUUUCUUAGUUGGGUGGGUAUUUGUCAUUUCUUAGUUGGGUGGGUAUCCAAAGGAGGUUGUUACAUGUGGUUCACAUAUCUUUGUGAGGGUAGGUCCUCAUCAAUAAUUAAUCAAAUGGGGCAAAAACCAUCAUAUUCUUGAUUGUCAUAAACAACAUUCAUGAUAUAUAACACAUGCAUGUAUGAAAAUAUAGA